UUUCAUGCAGUACGAUAUUAGGUCGGUCUUUUAAAUUAUAGCGUGCCGGUUGCGCAAGAGCCUUUAAGGUUGAGGCAGCCUUUCCACUAGCCUGGGUUAAAACAUAUCCGGGUUAAAAGUUAUCCGUUUCUGCGUCUCGUUCCCACUAACCCACCUGAAAAACGGAUAAGUUUGAAAACGGGUGUCAAAGUGGGUCAGUUUUUACCCGGGUAUCUUUUGACCCACCUGCGAGUUAAUGGAAACGCCGAAACCCGGAUAACUUCUGACCCACUUGCAACAACAGCAACGUAUAAAAAUUGAGACGGCGCCAAAAAUCAAAAAACAAAAUCCUGGAUGUCAAUGUUGCUUCCAUUGGCUUACAACGAUAGAAACUGAAAGAUUAUUAAUGCAAAUACUGAUUUCUCUUACAACUUUUCACCCUGGAUACAUUUAAACCCGGCUUAGUGGGAACGAUCAAAAACGGAUUAAAAACGGGUCGAAGAAAAAUGCCGUUUCCAUUGACUCAUUUAAAAACGGAUAAAUUUUAGCCCGGGUUUGUUUUAACCCAGGCAAGUGGAAAGUUGAAAGGCUGCCUGAGUGAUAUACACGGAUGUACAGUAGAGGUUCAAGGCCUUGCCAACUUGUCCAGUUCUUUGUUCACAACACAGGAUGAGGAGGGUCAAUCGGUGUUAAGUUUUCAAUGGCUUUUCAUAUCAACAUGACAACCAACUGUCUUUUUGCAUAAACAGGCUCCGGCUUAGGGAUUUUAAAAUGAUCUUAUCGUUAUCCCUUUUUGUUUCUGUGGCUCAAGAUUGAUUAGAUGUCAUUAUCAUUUCAAACAAUAUCUAAUGUCCUAUUUAGUUUUUCGGACUAUAAUCCAAUCCUCACCCCCUUGUAAUAGGCGUGUGUCUGCUCAGUUUCUCUGCAAAUAGAUCGCCUUAAAAACAGCUAGAGGUUCGCUUCUUUGGCGACAAAAUUAGCCCAAAGGUCAUUUCCAGCAUGGUUGCAGCAUCAAAAAUACAUUUGAAUUCUAUAAAAGCAUGGUCUUGUUUGGGCGUGAAUUCAUUGUUGAUUUUAUCUUUUCCAGCCAUUGAAUAUUCAAAUUAUUAAUGUAUUUCCAAUUCACAUUUGACAAUGCAUUUCGCAAAAAACCUUUUAUCCAUUAUAUCUUGAGCCAGCCUGCCGCGGUCAUCCAGCAUAUCAAGUCUCCCCGUUCAAAUCUUUUCAUCAAGAAAUGUAGUUUUUUCGAUUUGCGCUUUUCAAAAGGGCCAACGGCCACUCAUCAGGGCCACGGCCUUAAGCCUCCAUCCCAGCUGGAAGAAGCUAAUGAAAGUUCACCCUUGCUGCUUUGAUGGCACUGUAACAGCAUGUGAUGGUAUGCUGCGAAAUGGCUGGUGAUGUCGUAGCUGCAUUUAGAACAGUUGUUCUUUUUAUAUCCUUCAGUUGGCUUAGUGUGAUGUAUUUACUGGUUUACCGGGUGCCAAGACUGGAGAGAGAGGGUUGUAAUCAUUAUCAAGUUAUCGAGGGUGGCCUCAAAGAAAAAACAUUGCUCAGACGCUAUGAAGAUUCAUUUUUAAACGACGGUGAGAUAAAGAUAUUUGGUGAGGAUUUACCUGAAAUGGGUCUCAAUCUUGCAAAUCCCACAAAGAUAGCUGAAUCUGGUUCGCUAAACUUACCUUCUAAGAACUUGAAAAUUCCUAAAUCAAUAAAAAGGGAUUCAAAAGAACAGCCAGUAAUUCCAGUGGAUAAGAAUAUUGACUUUGUCUCGAACGUUUUUAACUGUACGUUACUCGAGUCUAUGCGUACAUUUGAGGUACUAGGCUCCGGAUACACAAAGGUGGUAAGGAGGGGCAUUCUUGGCGGGACAUCCUAUGCCUUAAAAUACACCACGUCGAAAAAUCAGGAUAUUAUUAAAUGUAAAAGCGAACGGCCGAGUCAGAGUCACUUUGAAUGCUACAACUUGGCGAAAUUUAAGUUACUAAAGGAAGCACUUCUCAUGAACCAGCUGCAGCACAGAAACAUUAUCAAAGUGUUUGGCGCCUGCCCCUGGACUUCAAAUGAUAUAGAGGGUUCUGAAAGUGUUCUAACAGUGGUAACGGAGCUUGGAAAGCCUUUGGAUGUGAUCAAGAUGAUCCAGAUACCAUGGGAUGUUAGGCUUCAGAUGGCAAUUCAUCUGGUUGAGCUGCUGAUUUACCUCGACCAGUCUCCACUGGGUCCGCUUGUAAUCAAAGAUUUUCGAAUAGAGCAGUUGGUUAUCAAAGAUGACGUCAUAAAACUAUCUGAUCUAGAUGACAUUGAUGGUAGACAUCAAUCUUGCCAAUCGAGAAAUGAUUGUUUUGUUGGUGGAGCCAUUACAAACUCUACUCUUCCAUGCACCAAUAAUCGAUGCACAAACUUUGCAUCCACAAUAAAUCUUUACAAUCUUUAUAAAAUAUUUCUGGACUAUUCUUUUAAUUAUGAAAAUCCAAGGCUGAUUGGCACAGAGUUAAAGUUGAUUGCUGACGAGAUUGUUUCCUUUCGAAUUGACCUUAAGACAUUACUGGACAAAUUGCAGCGAGUUACGUGGAGAAUCCAAAAAGGUGUAUUUGCACGAGAACUAAUCAAGCAAGCAAACAGUGAAGCAAAGAAGGUAAAAUUUGAUGUUUUCGCUGAUGCAACGAUCUUGGGGCCAAACUAUGAUUAUUACUGCCUUGAAUCAAGAUCUUUGUCGACAUGUGAGUUUGCUGUCUGGAGUAUCAAGGAGGCAAAAGCUUUAUGCGCUAUGAGCAGAGAAUGCAAAGCCUUUGUCAUCAUACCACAGAGAAAUUGGCUGGGUCAGAUGAUAGUAACACUAAAGAACAGUGGAAGAAAUCUGACGCCAGUUACGAAGCACACAACAUACGUCAGACUCGAGUGAACUGGUUUAACAACAUCAGUGAUUUUGAAUAUCGUGCUUCAUACAACAGCAUGCGUGCUUUUGCUUUAGUUAUUCAAUAAAAAACACCUAGCAAGAGUAUGUUUCAACUAAACCUUGAAAUUAUUAAAACUUAAAAACAUUUCAUUCCCAUUCAAAAAAUAAAAUUAUGAUUAUUGAUAAAGAGGUUUUGUACGUAUUUGCCAUUUGGAAAUAAACAUUUUUAGAUUUGAUGCUAAAGCAUUUCAAAAAUGGCAAGAAAUGGCUUUUUGAUGUAAUUAUAGUUCAUGGAAGAGCGAAAUGUUAAUAUUUCUGUAGAUAAGUAUAUGAUAAAAGAAUGUAUAUUUAGUUUCA